UGUUUCAGUUUCAAUGCUUUUUACUCCAAUUUCGUUUCGUUUUUAUACUGAAUGAUUUGCUUUUUGCAUCUCUGUCGCUGAUCUGAUUUUCUUCACUCAAUUAAAGAUUAUUGUCGAAUUGCCCGAAACGGUUAUAGGGCGAAAUUUUCUGCUCGAAACUAGUUGCAUGUUAAAUUUUUGUUGUUGCUUAUUUGAUUUAUUCGUUUUUGUUAGUUUAGGGUAUUUGAAUUGAACACUGUAACUGUUAGUUAGUUUCUUAACGAUGGAGUAAAAAAUUAUGGAUGUAUAGUUGUACAUUGAUAUGAGGGUGCUGAAAAGUAGUUGCAUGUUAUAUUUGUGUUGCUGAGUUGAUUUUAGAGAAUAAAGAUGCACUGCCAGGGUAAAAGUGUAAAUUGCAGUGUAAAACAUUUUUUUUACAUUGACCACCAAUAUUAACUCGUACGACAACAAAUAAAUAGAUAGUUGCUUUUGAUUUCAAAACUGCACAACAUGUGGCAGAUUGAAUGGUCAUGAUUGGACGACUUACAGUGUUGGUGUAUCUCAUUUAAUCUCUUGAUUUUAUCCCAUUUUGUUAGUUUUGGGUUUUGAAUUUAGCAUUGUUAGUGCCUUAUACUAGCAAUUGAUGGUGAUUGAAAUACGAUGCAGUUUGUAAUUUGCUUCUGCAUUUAUUUUGGGUAUGGUUGAACUUAAUUUCCUGGUAUCUUGUUUUAAUAAGGCCCAUUUUUAGUUAUAACUUGUGAAGUCAACUUGAACUCAGGUAGCCUAUGCUAAACUUUUGUUGUAGAAGCUUGAAAGUGAAGCUGGAGUAGGAUAGUUCAGUAUUGUGACUAAAAUUGGUGUUUUCUUGCUUGUUGAUGAAUUAUUAUUGCUUCAGAUCAAUUAAAAUUGUUUUGUUUAUGAAAUUACCAAUUUUUAAUUUUAGACUGGUGAUUUGGUUUAGAUUUUGAUUAUUAAGAUACAUUAUGGCAAAGAAGAAGAAUCCCAUGGUUUUUCUGGAUGUGUCUAUAGAUGGGGAUCCUGCUGAAAGGAUGGUUUUUGAGCUUUUCUAUGAUGUUGCUCCAAAGACUGCUGAAAACUUUCGUGCACUGUGUACCGGAGAAAAGGGAGUCAGUUCUAAUACUGGAAAAUCACUGCAUUACAAGGGUUCUUUCUUCCAUCAGAUUGUAAAAGGAUCCAUUGUGAGGGGUGGUGAUUUUAUCAAUCGAAAUGGGACUGGUGGAGAAAGCAUAUAUCCCAAGUUUCCAGAUGAGUCUCCUAGGCUAAAGCAUGAUUCUCCAGGCCUUCUAUUCAUGGCAGUUGCUGAUCGCGACACUCUUGGUUCUCAUUUUAAAAUCACUUUGAAAGCUGAUCACCAUCUUGAUAGGAAGAAUGUAGUGUUUGGCAAGCUUGUGCAAGGGUAUGAUAUAUUGAAGAAAAUGGAAGAUGUGGGCGAUGAAGAAGGACUCCCAACGGUUACUGUUAAAAUAAUUAAUUGUGGUGAACAUAAUGAGGAUGGAAAGAAGACACACAAGUCGAUAAUUGGAUCUUCUGAAGCCAAUAGUCAUGAAGCGCGAAGGAAGGGAAAGCAUAAAAAAUCUUCAGGAGACAGAAGGAAAAAGAGAAAAUAUUACUCAACAGAAUCAGAUAGUUCUUCAGAUUCUGACAUGGAAUCUUCAGAAAGUGAUAGUGACUCUGACUCAGAUGUGUCCUCGUCAUCUUACACAAGUUCCUCCAGUGAUGACAGGCGAAGGAAAAGAAAGAGAUCUAGGAAAGAUAAACAUAGACCUGGAAAAAGAAGAGAUAAACAUCGAGAAAAGAGGCGAAGGAAACAAGAUAAGAGAUCAAAGCGUAAAUCAAGAAGGGAAUCAGGCAGUCAUGCUGAUGCAGAUGGUGGAAGUAAGAGUAACAACAGCUCUGAUGGCAAAAAUCUUGAUACUCAAGGGAAAAUUCAGAAGCAUAGAGAUCAUUCUCAGAGAAAUGCUGAAGUCCAGUCCUCCUCAUUUUUGGAUAAAGAAUUACCUCCUAUGAAUCAUAAAAAGAGGGAGGGUGUGGGCAUGCUAGAGGAGGAAGGAUUCCCAAAGCCAAAUGGAGCACAGCAUACCAAUGGCGUUGGGGCCAACUAUAGAUCUGACAGAAGUGAAGAGAGGCAGCCUGACAUGGUGGAUGAUCAUCCAGGAAAAUCUAGGAGUCGAAGCAUGAGUCCUAAGCGAAGCGUGAGUAAGAGUAUGAGUAUUAGUCCCAAGAGUGGGAGCAAAAUCCAAAGCAUUGGUCCAAAAGGGAGGUUGAGCAGAAGUCCAAGUGGUAGUAAAAGCCCUCGUGCUCCAUUACGGAAGAGUUUGAGCCAGAGUCCUGUUAGAAGCAUAAGCCGGAGUCUAAACAGAAGCAUCAGCAGAAGCCCCAUGAGAGGGAGGAAGGGGAGAAGUAUCAGUAGAAGCCCUAUGAGAAUUCACACUCAUAAAAGUGUCAGCAAGAGCCCUGUGAGAGGUCAUGACCUCAGAAGUUUUAGUAAGAGCCCUGCCAGAUCUGUUUCUCGAAGCCGUAGGAGCAGGAGUUCUCCUAGAGUAUCAUCACGAAGAACAGUCAGUAGGAGCCCUGUGAGAAGAGUGUCAAGAAAGAGCAUAAGCAGGAGUCCAGUUAGAUUAUCUGCCAGAAGCCUCAGCAGAAGUUCUAGUAGAGUCCCUUUGAGAAGCAUUAGCCGAAGUCCCAUCAGAAUGGCAAGCAGAGGAAAUCUCCGCAGUUAUUCAAGGAGUCUUAGCCCUGUUCGCAGGUCAAGGACACCUCGGGGCAGGAGUCUUUCAAGGAGUGUGUCACCUGAUGCUUCACCAAAACGUAUCAGGAGAGGAAGAGGUUUCAGUGAACGAUAUUCUUAUGCUAGAAGGUAUAGAACCCCUUCUCAGUCUCCUGUGAGGUACCGCUACAAUGGAAGGAGUGACCGAGACAGAUAUUCAGGUUACAGAAGGUAUUCCCCUAGGCGUUUUAGGAGCCCACCGUCACGGAGAAGAACUCCACUAAGGUACCGAAGUAGGAGAAGCAGGACACCAUCUGUAUCACGCAGCCCACCUUACCGUGCUAGACGGUAUAGCCCAUCCCGUAGCCCAGUUCGCAAUCGUUCUCUUCCUCGUGUGAAUAGGCGCUUGUCAUCAUCCCCUAGCCGAAGUCCAUCUCGAUCCAAGUCUUCUGUGGAAUCACAAUCUCCAAGAAAAGCAAGCAGAGAUAACAGGUCAAGGUCUUCGUCUAGAAGCUCAGAUGGAAAGAAAGGUCUGGUCUCUUAUGAGGAUGGCUCUCCUGAUUCAAGCCCAAGGUGAAAUACCAAAUUCAGAACGAUCAGUGAAACAGUCACCUUAAAUGAGCUGGAGGCAUUGAUUGUUUAAAGCCAAAGGUGAAAUAUCAAAUUGCUGGAAUUAGUGAAUCUUAUAUAUUCUUCAUAAACCAAGGUCAUGAACUUUUCUUCCCUCGUUGGGAAUUGAAAUGGCAUGUUGAAAGAUAAUAGACACCUAGAAUAAGUUGUGGAGUUUUAGUUGGGUUGUGGAGUUGUUGGGGUUUAUCCGAUAUUGCUCCUAGUUAUUAGUAGCAUGAGUUUAAUUGAUGGAGAUUUGGCCUAUCCUUUAUGGUGAGGGCAUGCGAAUUAAUCCUAAUACAGGUGUGUGAAAAUAUUGAUUAUUAUUUCUGUGUAACGUUUAAUUAUUUUGGCUA